CUAUGGAAUAAUUUUUAAUUUUAAAAAAUAGAUUUUCUCUCUGUUUCUAUAAACUUCUUUGUUUUGAAGGCUAGAAUAGAGCCACGACACACGACAUUUAAAAAGUUUUGUUAGUGAAUAGUGAAUGGAGUUAUUUCUGUGCUCAAGCCAUGUGCAAUACUAGGGUAUAACUAAAUAAAAACAUUACGUGUUAUUACUGCAUUUACUACUUUCUUAUCUGCAUGAUUAUGUUAUUUAUUAAUAUUUAUCUACAUGCUGUACUAAUAUUUAUAGAAAAUAAAAUUUCUACACCAGCAUAUCUCGAAACAUAUUUACAAUAUAGUUGAUAUACAAACAGAUUGUACUGUAAACUGCAUCUAUUAGCAUUAACUAAUGUUUUAAUUAAUUCUGAUAAUUUGUAUAUAAGUUAAUUAAAUUUUCAAUGCCAUUUGUAUAAAAAUGAAUCAAGAAAUUACAUUCAAAGUUUUAACUCUUAAUUGCUGGGGUAUUCCAUAUGUGUCGAAAAACAGAAAGGAACGAAUGCACGCUAUUUCUGAUCGACUAUCCUCAAGUGAUUACGACGUCGUUUGCCUUCAAGAAGUAUGGUCAAUAAAAGACUUUAAUAUGAUAAAAAAUAAAGUUAAAAAAAAACUGAUGUACUCACAUUAUUUUUACAGUGGUGUUCUGGGUUCAGGAAUUUGCAUUUUUUCAAAGUUUCCAAUCCAAGAUGUUAUUUUUCACAAAUGGUCUUUAAACGGAUAUGUUCAUAAAAUACAUCAUGGAGAUUGGUUCGGAGGAAAAGGAGUUGGACUUUGCAGAUUGAAAGUUUAUGAUGCCAAUGUUAAUGUUUAUGUAGCUCAUUUACACGCCGAAUAUGAUUCUGAGAAUGAUGAAUAUUCAGCACAUCGAGUCCUUCAAGCUUUUGAUAUGGCACAGUUUAUAAGAAUGACUGAACAAGGAGCAGAUGUUACUAUUCUUGGUGGAGAUCUUAACACGGGACCACAAGAUUUAGCUUAUAGAAUUAUAAGUGGUAUUCCUUCAUUAGUUGAUACUUGCUCAAGCUGUUACAGUGACAAAGGAACUAGCGAAUGUGCCAACAAUAGUUAUACACCUCGUAAAGUUGCCAAUCAAUCACCUAAAGGAAAACGAAUCGACCAUAUAUUGUACUUAGGAUCAAAAAAGUUUAAGGUAGAAGUUAUAAGUUGUCAGCAACCUUUUCCGGAAAGAAUUCCUGACAAAAAUUUUAGUUAUUCCGAUCAUGAAGCUGUUGCAGUCGAGUUCAAAUUAACAAAAGGAGAAUAUGAAGUAAUUAAUAAUGAUGUGAGACCCACAUUAAAAGAAGCCUUGCACGUAUGUCAAAAAUCCUUGCGGGAUGUAAAAAAGCAACGUUUAUGGUAUUCAAUGAUGAGUGUCAUACUUGUGAUACCUAUUAUUUACUCAAUAAGUCUCGACAUUACGUUUCAGUCUUUAGGAGCCGUUAUCGGAUUAAACAUUUUACGUCUUUUUAUUACUGCACUGAUUUGUUAUUCCUUGUUCAUGAGCUCCAUUUGGAAUUGCGUUGAACAAAACGCUCUGAAAGCUGGAUGUCUAGAAAUGGAAACUCAUUUAAAUUAUAUAAAUAGCAAAUUUAGUUAAAUCAAUUGAAUUAGGUAGUUAAGUUUUUGUUGUUUAGCUGACUGAGUAGUCUAUUUUUUUUAACUUUUAUCUAUUUAUUAAUAAUUGCGUCUUAAAUUAUGAUACUUGCCAAUGUGCAGGAUAUUCGAGCAUUUAAAAAUAAUAAUUUUACUCCAUU